GCUUCGAGUUGGAGUUUCAUCUGUGAUCCAUUUCUCAUCACUGUCUCUUUUACCGAUCGACGCUUCAGUUUUACAUACAUACAUGUAUUCUUGGAAAAUUGAAUAAAAUAGAUCGAUCGAUGGUAUCGAUCAAGGGACAAAUGGCAUGUUAAAGACAUAAAUAAUACGAAAGAGGAGGUGAAUUUAACGCGUAUACGUGUAAUUUAUCACGUAAAUAUCACUUUUAUACGAUCGUACCGAGAUAGACAGUUCCAUGGAAGACGACGGCACGGCGAAAGCAAGUGUAGCAGCGACGAAAAUUCAAGCAAAUUUUCGGGGUUAUUGUGUUCGAAAACGAUUGGAAAAUUUGAGAAAGGGCGAGCAGUUAAAAUGUUUGGAUAAUCGGGAGAAAAGUAAACGACAUCGUUCAGAGGAGAAAGAAGAACGAUCGUCGAUUUUGAACGAACAGAAAACAACUCGAGAAUCUUUGGAAGAGAAGUCGGCAGUAAUAAUUCAAGCUCGAGUUCGAGGAUUUCUGGUGCGAAAGAGACAACCGAUACGGUUUGACAGGCCGCGAGCAGAAUUCAACCAGCAAGAUGAUUCACAAUCGGAAGAAGGGGUAGGAGACCUAAGCAGAGACCGCCGUGGCCGAGGCCGAGACAGCGGCAGAGGCACAGGUAUUACCACUGACGAGAUGAUUUGGCAACAGUUAAGCGCACUCCUGACACGACUUUACCAGCCAAUCGAUCGAGCAGAGACCCUUUUUCUUCAGAUGAAGAAUAUCUCUAUGAUGACGAAUCAAAUUGUAUUUCUAAUGCUGGCUGAUCGCAUCUUCUUGUCAGAACCAAAAAUGACCUGUCUUUACACGCUGAUGUUUUACAACGUGAUUACUUAUUGCAUUAGCUACAUCAAGGAAUUAAUCGAGAAGGAAGAUUGGUCACCGUAUGUGACUCUCACGGAAAGGUCCAAGAUUAAACAUUUAGCUAUGUCUGCUACGAAAAUUGUUCUCGAAUGGACUAAAGCCAUCACCUUUAUCGUAACGUUAACAUUUACGCUUGUUGUUUUCGGUUUGGAGCAAGGGCUCGAACAUUACAAACCGUCGACAAUUUACACGAUGACAACGUGGAUAUAUUAUUCGGCAACGGAAAAAGUUUUCGUCCAGAUGUUCCCCUCGAUGUUGAAGUUUCUUCGCUUGGAGGUAUUCGAAAACCUCGAAGAACUUUAUGCCCCGGUGAUAUUAAAGUCGUUUAUCAUUAGCGUUUCAGCUUUAUUUGUCUUAAUACUAGUACCGGUAGCAUCCUGGAGAUUUUUACUAAUCGCCAUUUACUUGAACGUUUAUCUAAAGUUAAGAGAUCUCUUGCGAGAAUCUGGCCCCGCGUUGAAACUUGAACGUGAAAUGUUGAAUCGUUAUAGAAGGGCAACGCCUGAAGAAAUUCAACGAUUCGACGAUAUUUGCGCUAUUUGUCUUUGUAAUAUGAUCAAGGCCAGAAUAACACCCUGUUGUCAUCUCUUUCAUGCUGAUUGUUUACGCCAGUGUCUAAAAACCAGCGAAACUUGUCCCAUUUGCAAAACAGAAUUAACAUUUGAAUCCGUAUCUAUGACCCGUUAGCUGCCUACAUUGUUACG